AUGGACACCAUCGACGCGGCCACCGUUCCCGAAGACACCCUGCGCGCCAUCAUCUGGACCUGCUUUGGAACAGCUUUUGUGCUGGUUGCUCUCCGGACAGCCGUCCGAGCAAGAACAUCAUCGCCCACAGUUGACGACUACUGCAUCUUCUUUGCCCUAACAUGCUUACUAUCGCUAUGUGUCCUCGAAACGAUACAACUUCCCUCGUUGUACUACAUCGCCGGAGUCUUGGCCGGCACCGCCCCAAUAGUGGGCAUCAUUGAAAAAACGGAGCGUUAUCUUCUCUUUCAGUUUCCCAUCGUCAUUCUUUACUGGUCGACACUCUGGAGCGUCAAGGCCGCGUUUCUGACUCUCUACUGGAAGAUCUUCCGGGACUUGCCCGUCUACCGCAGGGUUUGGUAUAUUUUGGCGCUGUUUUGCUUGCUAGCGUAUGGAGGGUGCUUGGUCACGUUGACGGUGUCGUGCGGGGGCGAUGUCAAAAACUUCUUUGGGUUUGCGACAUGCGCAAAGCCGGAGCAUGUGUGGGCAUCAAACUUCAGUGUCUACUUCAGCACUACCAUUGAUGUUUUUACGGAUCUGUGCAUUAUGGCUAUGCCCCUGAGGUUGAUCUAUAACGUCAAGGUCACUUUGAGACAAAAGGUCGGACUGGUUGCCGUCUUUGGCCUGGGUUUUGUCAUGAUUGCUUUUGCCAUCAUCAGGGCAAAGCAGGUGUUGGUGGAAAAGAUGUUUGUCAAUCUGACAUUGCUCAUGAUCUGGUCGACUCUUGCCGCUUCGAUCUGUAAGUUGCUCUCUUCUCUUCUCUCCGUCAUGCUGGCGAUCAAAAAGAAAACUGACACUCUUGUUAGCCGUCAUUGUUGGCACCCUGCCCGCCCUCAAGGUCCUCAUCACCGUCCACUCUCGCAACUCAGCAAACCGGUCAAACCAGCAUUCUGCAGGAGGAAGCAAGCUCACCGGCAAGCAAUCCAUCACUUGGACGCGAUGGAGUCCCAGGAGGAGAUCCUAGUUCAACACGAUGUUGUGAGUUUUUCUCUGUUCUCGUCCAAGCCUUUCGGUCUUGUUGACAUCAGCUAA